GAACAGUCAGGAGCGGUGAGUUGAGAGAGAGAGAGAGAGAGGGAGACAGUCAGAGAGAGAAACUCCCCCUUUUUCUUUCAAAGUCAAGACUUCAGCCACUUGCAUCAUUUGCAUACCUGCGAACCCUUCUUAAGGAGAGGGGCUGUGUUUUUGCCAUUGAGAAAGUCUACCUGUGAGAGGUACAGAGUUGCUCUGCUGUUUUGCCUUCAGCUGUGAGCCAGUGACUGGAGCCUGUCCCUGGAUGAAGUGAAGCUGUGAAGACAGUGAAGUGGAGAUAAACUGGGGGCAUUUUCUUUCUUUCACUGUUAUCACUGACAAAUUUUGUUUUGUUUUUGCUGCCUCUGUGCCAGGAAAGGUAAAAAAAAAGGGAGAGGGGAGUGUUCCCUCAGCAUUGAGGAAACUAGAAACUUUACAGUUCUCAAGCAAGCUGAGCCACUGAAAGGUCUGAAGGCUCCUGUUCCUUUGAAAUCGGUUGGCAUGGACCGCCUUCUGCCCACCUGGCUCUUGGUGGUCUCCCUGUGGUACAGCAAUGCCAGCGCCCAUCAGCAGAGUGCCCCCCGGGUUUAUCUGAGCUUUAAAGAGUUGCAACAUUCGAAUACAGCGCGCCACUACACUCUCCUGCAGAACACCACCAACUAUCGCAUUCUGCUGAUGGACGAAGAUCAUGACCGCAUGUAUGUGGGCACCAAGGACUACAUCGUCUCGCUGGAUCUGCACAACAUCAACCGGGAGCCUUUAUUAAUUCACUGGUCCGUCAGUCAGCAGAGACGAGACGAGUGUGUUCUUUCUGGUAAAGAUCAAAAUGGCGAGUGUGCGAAUUUCAUCUGCCUGAUUGAGCCCUGGAACCGAACUCACCUCUACGUCUGUGGGAGUGGAGCCUAUCACCCUAUCUGCACCUAUGUGAACAGGGGCCGUAAGGCAGAGGUUUCCCUGCAGUAUCCACUGUUCACUGGACAGCAGGAUUACAUCUUCCAUCUGGAACCAGGAAAAGUCGAAUCAGGCAAGGGCAAGUGCUCCUAUGACCCCAAGCUUGACAGUGUGUCAUCAUUAAUUAACGGUGAGCUCUAUGCAGGCGUCUACAUUGACUUCAUGGGCACUGACGCUGCCAUUUUUCGCACCAUGGGCAAGCAGACAGCCAUGCGGACCGACCAGUACAAUUCCCGCUGGCUGAAUGAUCCAGCGUUUGUCCACGCUCAGUUAAUCCCAGACAGCGGUGAACGUAACGAUGAUAAGCUUUACUUCUUUUUCCGGGAGAAAUCAAGCGACAGUGGAAGUUCAGCCAUUCACUCGAGGAUAGGACGGAUCUGCCUGAAUGAUGACGGUGGCCAUUGUUGCCUUGUCAAUAAAUGGAGCACCUUCCUGAAAGCUCGCCUCAUCUGCUCAGUGCCAGGUCCUGAUGGAAUUGAGACACACUUUGAUGAGCUCCAGGACAUAUUUGUACAACAGACUCAGGAUGCCAAGAAUCCAAUUAUCUAUGCCGUGUUCUCUGCCUCAGGGUCAGUCUUUAAAGGAUCUGCUGUGUGUGUCUAUUCAAUGACAGACAUCCGCACUGUCUUUAAUGGGCCCUUCGCACACAAAGAGGGACCUAAUUACCAGUGGAUGCCUUACACAGGGAAGAUACCAUAUCCCAGGCCUGGCACCUGUCCCGGUGGUACAUUUACUCCUUCGAUGAAAUCUACAAAAGAUUACCCAGACGAAGUGAUCAACUUCAUGAGGAACCAUCCCAGCAUGUACAAUGCCAUCUACCCAGUGCACAAGCGCCCUCUGGUGGUCAGGACCAAUGUGGAUUAUGAAUUCACGACCAUCACAGUGGACCAGGUGGAUGCUGCUGAUGGACGGUAUGAGGUCCUAUUCCUCGGAACAGAUCGGGGAACAGUGCAGAAAGUGAUUGUAUUACCCAAAGAUGACAUGGAGACUGAGGAACUCAUUCUCGAAGAAGUUGAGGUUUUCAAGAUGCCGACAGAAGUAAAGACAAUGAAGAUCUCGUCCAAAAGGCAACAGCUGUAUGUCGGUUCUACCUUGGGCAUUACACAAGUUGCACUCCACCGCUGCGAUGUUUAUGGAGAGGCCUGUGCUGAUUGCUGCCUUGCCAGAGAUCCAUACUGUGCUUGGGAUGGCAAAGCUUGCUCCAGAUAUUUAGCAUCAUCCAAAAGACGAAGCCGAAGGCAGGAUGUACGACACGGCAACCCAAUCAGACAGUGCCGAGGUUACAAUUCCAAUGCUAAUAGAAAAGCAGCAGAGACGGAGCAGUAUGGGGUGGAAGGCAGCAGCACGUUCCUUGAAUGCCAGCCCAAAUCUCCUCAGGCCAGCAUUAAGUGGGUGCUCCAGCGACAUGGCAGUGAGCGUAAGAAAGAGAUUAAAGCAGACGAGCGGAUCCUCAAGACAGAUCAAGGUCUUCUCCUGCGAUCCCUCCAGAUGACGGACGCUGGGGUGUACCAGUGCACCUCCACCGAGAACAACUUCAAGCACGCAUUGGCACGGGUGCACCUGAGGGUCCUGAACAAUGAGACGGUGCACGUGGUGCUCUCGCAAGUGGUGCCCUCACCGGGUGUGGCCAACCUGCAGGCGGGUAACCCAGGUACCCCCCGGACCCCGAAGCCAGAGUACAAGGACUUGCUGCAGUUGCUUAGCCAACCGGAAAUGGGCCUCAUCAACCAGUACUGUGAGGAUUACUGGCAGCGGCCAGCCAACAUCCUGAAAGAGAACUUGAACAAGCAGCUCAAAGUAAAGCCCAUCAGAGAACAGAAAAAGCCACGAAACCGCAGAAAUCACCAUUCAGCCCCCCUCCAACAGACAUGAAGCUCCGAGAUCAUAGAAUUUCUUUAAUAUAAAGUAUAACUUCCCUUACAACAGACAGUAUUUAUUGUAGGCUGUACAUAGUAUGAUAAUUCAACUUCCUUGUACUUACAACAAAGUCUCCAUGACAUUAUGUAUGAUACAUAGGUACUUAAGGGGGAACUGUAUUCCCCUGAAUUGCUACAUAACCUUAAGGGUUGUAAAGGAUGACAGUUGUACACUUAGCACUGCAACUCUCAGUUAAUGUUUCUUUUUCUGCUUCAAGAUGGUGGCAACUGGGGAACAAUUAUUUUGGAGAUGAAAGUCCAUGUCCAAUUAAGUAAGGGGAUGGAGGAAGAGUUGUACUGAACUUGAAAUGUUAACUUUGUUUCUCUCUCCAGAGAUGCUGCCAGACUUGCUGAGUUUCUCCAGCAUUCUCUGUGUUUGUUUAAGUAAUAGGAUGGAUCUGCCUUUUAUGGUGUCAGAAGACAUACCACAUUAUAAGCAGAAUGUCACAAAAGACACAUUUUGGAUAUGUUGUCCUUCUCAGAUGCAGGGUAUUGCCCCCACUCCUCCCUCCCCCCAAAACAUCUUUCAAAUCGCCUCAUUGUAAAAGGAUCAACAAGAUAAUCCACCACCUUUAAGAAAAAAAACUUUAAGUUAUUCAGACCUCGCACCAAUCCUGAAUCCUUUCAGAGAGAUCAGUUAUGCCAGGUCCUAUCCAUUAUACCAGCCUUUGGUUCAUGCUCAGACCAUAAGAACUCCAGGCCUCCCCAAUUGCAGCCAUUCCCAACAAUUCAUCAACACCACCACCAUUGCUCCUUUAUCCAUUCCUAACAUUGCUGCCUUAUUUGGGAAAGACAGAGAGCUCCACCCUUAUGGUUGGAGGUACCACAAUUGUUCCUAGUCCUCUGCACCAUCCUCAUUGAAGUUACAACAGAAGUCUAUCAGAACGCCAGGGGCCUUUUGAGUGAAGCUGAACUUGCUGUCUCCAUGACAACAUAACAUUUGUUCAAGUGGCUAACUGAAUGGGAUACGGGGUGCCACAGAGACCUCCCAGAAGAAGACAAAGGUAUUCAGUUGCAAAAUGUUUGCUCCUUACUCCUUCUUGUCAUGUAUAGAGUUCGUGCUAGAUUACUUCAGGUAAAGUGUGAAUGCCCUCCAUCGCACUCUUGCCUUAGUCGUUGUUGAACUGCAUCGUCCUCUGAUCCUCUUCUUAACUCUAUUUUCUAGUUGACAAAAUCCUUCAUAAGUUAUGGAAUGCAAUACAAACUUCUAAACAACAGCAUAGGAGAUACCUGAGAGACAACACCAGCAAGUGUACAGGCUUUAUAGUGUUAAGAUUUACACCUCAAUUCAGAUGAAUAGGGAUCUCCUUUAACAAUUACUCAGUCUCAUCUGUAGAUUUUUUUUAAACUUGCAUUGUAUUUUAUAUUAGAAUGCAUUAAUAGUUAAUGUGGUCGACCCCUCAGACUGCUUUUCGUUUUUUUUUAUUUUUAUCCUUAUAAAUUAAAUAGCUUUGGAAGAAAAGGUUGUAUAAUUUGUUAAAGUCGUGUUUUUUAAGAAAAAAAAAGACUUUUUGUUGUUGUUGCUGUUACUUUUAUUAAAAGAAUAUUGAAAAAAAAAUCUAAAUUGUGUGCUGGAAAAUGCACAAAAACAAUUCCUUCCAAUAGGGCAUUCUACAGUAAUGGUAUAUAAUAUAUUCUGUGAUGUCACUUAACUUGGCUUCUCAUGUUUGUUUUUUUUUAAAGGAAGCAAGUUUAUUUUUAAUAACUUUAUUAAACUUGGCUCAAACGUCAGUGAACAUAUAUUCUGUCAUAUGUAAAUAGUUGUAAAUCUAAAUAAGAAAAGUUCUUGCGUGUACUUGUCAUUUAUGUUCUGUGCAGCUGACACAACACAAUGCAGUUACUGGAGUGAAAGAACACAGAGAUCCUGUGGAUGAAAUCAAACCAAAUAAACACUGGCUCAUCUCUUUAAUGUA